CAACAGCUAGUCCGGGGCUCACGCCAGGAAAAAGUCAGUCAAAAUUUCUUAUAUUUUAUGAUUGUUUUCGCCUUCAUUCCGAAAGAGACUGUUGAAUAUGGGAGACAAGGAGAGAUGUAUGGAGGUGGAGCAGGAGGGGGAGAAGGAAAUGAAGACGCUUCUUCACUGUCCUCCGAUCUACCCACUGCCUGAAGAGAUAAAUAAGCUGCUAGAAGACAGACACCUGCUGUCCUGAAGACAUGAGGCAGACAUCUUCUGUACCUUAACCUGACAUGGAUAGACAAGAUGCUAACACAGAGCAAGAAGGCAGAGUGAGAGAUGGAUCGCAGCGAGACUGUGUGUUGCUACUGUGGAGUGAGCUACCUUAUUUUCCACGAGUUCCAUCAGCUCAGCACUCGACUGGCUCAGUUGGAGUCUGAGCUCCAGAGAUUAAGAGAGACCGCACAGAGGGAGAAGGCCCAGCGAGAGGCACUGGAGCUGGGCAGACUGGAGUGGGAAAGGGCUCUUUACCUGGACGUUCAGCAACGGGCAGAGGAGAAAGAGAAAAGCACAAGAAAAGAGCUAGAAGACAGGAACAAAGACAUGGAGAGAACUCUGAGGGAGGAAUUUGAACAAAAAAAUGAGAGGAAGAGGAAAGAGAUGACAGAAGAGUAUCAGAAAAUCAGUGAAGAAAAACAGAGACAACUUAGAAGACAACUGGGUGACUUAGAGGCGGAAAGACUGAGGAAGCAGAGAGAGGAGUUGGAGAGUAGGAUCGAGGAGAGAGAGAAAGUACUGAGCGACGCACUUCAAAAGGCCAAUAAAAAUUUAGAUGGGCUGAGAAAAUACCUCCAACAGCUGGAAGAGAGGCUGGCAAUAGCAGCUUCCAUGAAGGAGGAGGGAGAGCGGCUACUUGGAUCAGAGAAGCAGCAAAGUGAAAUUCUCAGAGGUGUGUGUGUGCGGCAGCAGCAGGCCCUGCGAGAAACUCUCUCCGUGCUCCGUUCCUCUGGCAGUGAGCUCACACAUGUACGGGGUUUCCUCAGUCAGCUGACGGGGGCAUGGCAGGUCUUCAGAUGUCAGAUACUGCAGCACAGCACACAGGUGUUUUCAGUGAUGAGAGAAGAGCUGAAGAAUUCCACAGUGGGUUUUCAGAAAAUGAAAGAAGAAAAAGAGCAUCUAAUGCAGCAGCUGAUGGAGCAGAUGAGACAGAGAGAGGAGCAGCUGUUCCAACAGAAAGAGCACACAGAAGAACUACUCAGGUUAAAAGGAGCCUUGGAGGAAAAACAUGAGAGGUGGUUAUCAUGCCAACAAAGGUGUGACACCCUACAAGAGCAGCUGUCGUCAUGGCGGCAGAGAGAGGAACAAAUUAACAGGAAGUGUUACGCAGCUGAAGAGGAAGUAACACGGCUGAGGGAAGCUCUGGAGAAUGUCCAGCAGGAAACGAGAGAUCUGAGGAGAGAGAGGGAGAUGUUGAUAGAGUCCCAUGGCAAAGCCUUGACCAAGAUGGAAGAAUAUGGCAGACAGCAAAUGUCCUCAAAGCUGGCUUCUGCCCUGGAAGAGCAGAGAACCCAGAAUGCAUUGCAUCUGAGGGAGCAGAUGGAGGAGCUUCGCAGGGAGACAGAUUUAGAGCUGACAAUUGAAAGGGAGAAGAACCAACUGCUGCUUCUACAGUACCAGCGAGACAGCACGAAACUCCAGCAGAAGCUGCGAGAGAGAGAGCAGGAGUUACAAGGACUGCAGGAUGAGCUGCUGGAGGAGAGGAGGAUGAGAGAGGAGGAAGUACACCAGGAGCAGCAAGAGGCACUGCAGCUGAGCCAAGCUAAAGCUGAACUACAGCUGAUGACUGAGAGGAACGCUCAUCUACAAGAAGAGGUGGUGUUACUCCAGGAGACAGUCAGAAGGGAGUGUGAGGAGAGGGAGGGACUGACUGCUGCUCUGGCUCAAGCUCAAGAAGAGCUCCAUGGGCUGCAGUCAUCUCACGGGGGCUCCUCCAGGUCUCCACUAAACCCCAUGGAGAGACACACCCACCAGGGAAACAAACAUCUCCAUCUCCAUAGUCAGUCUUGGGUACAUCUCGCUCGAUCUUCCAACUCCCCAAACAGACUCCAUCCUUCCUCUGCCAGCGCAGACAAAGACAGAAGACAAGUCACAGAUGGAGGAGGAGCAGAGAGGCGUUCGGAGUCCUGGAAUUGUGAUGGGAUGUUAGGAAGAGAAAAAUGGCGAGAGGGGGCACUGCCCAGAUUGAAAGCGAGCAGCACGGUGGGGGAAGUCAAACGUAAAGUCAAUUUAGUGAUAGAGAGGAGGAAGAGGCUGUAAAUAAGCAAACAGAGUACUCAACAGUAAUCACAUCUCUUCAAAAUAAAACAGAAUUUUAGUGUUGUUUUGAAAUAUUAUUUAAGUGUAUAUUCAUCUUAACCAGAUUAUUUUAAUAGUAGUUUCAUUGUUCUCUUACAAUUUCAUAACACAAAUAUUUAAGUCACAGGUCCCUCUAAGUGUGUACACGCAUUCACAUAAAUGCACACUUUAUACACAAGACAUAACCACUGAGUCCUGUUGGUACACCAGUGAACUCCCAGGACACACACUCUACAACAGACAUGCACUUGUUUUCUCACAACCCGACCCACGCAGUCUCACUGGCACGCACAGCAUUUCGCAAACACCCACACAUGCACACAGUAUGCGCACACACAGCCUGUGACAAGGGGAGAGCUGAAGGAGCAUGACAGCUUGUCCCUUGCCACCUGUGGACACAAACAAAAGGCAUGCAAACACAAAAGAAACUGUAAGGCCACCACCCCCCUCCCCACCAACACCCCCUCGCCCACCCCCCAACACACACACAACAAUUACCCCACGCUCGUCCCUCAGGCAUUGUGUUAUUGACAUCAUUCACUCCGUGCAAGGUCUUUCCAUCCCUCCCUCCCUCUUCCUCUCCCCUCCUACAUUUGGGAUGAAUUGGCAUGAUGGGAGAAAUGCGUGAAGUGGGCUGUGUGAGUGUGUGUGCAGCAUGGAACUCAUUUCCCCACUUACUGGCACACAUGGAAAGCUUUUAUUUUGACUUCCUCGUGUCCCUCUCUUCCAACCCGUCUGCGAGACAAUGCACAUGUCGUUCACACAGAAAGGUGGGAUGAUAAUGAUUUUGUCCUGCCAACAUUUUCUCUGUUUGCCAAAGCACACACGUAGUGUUUAUCUGCUAAGAAUCUCCCUCCUUGUGGAGAGGACAUUCUGAAAUACACAACAAUGAACAUUCUGUGCCAUUAAAAACACAUUUUCUACUUGCUUAAAUGGAACAUUUUCUACUACACUUGACAAAUUGUUUUUUUUUUUGUUUUUCCCUGG